AUGUCUUUGAAAUCUUGCAGCUCCUCUGAAUACUGCGACGUUUCCCUGGAGGGACUGAAUAAUGUUCCAGUAACGCAGCUCAGCCACUGCGCGCUAACACACGCUAACUCCUCCUCCCUUCAUAAGGUUCCAUUAAAAUUUGUCCAGAUCAAGCAGCUCACCAACACACCUGUCUCACCUCAGCAGCUCACUAACGCACCUGUCUCACCUCAGCAGCUCACCAACACACCUAUCUCACCUCAGCAGCUCACUAACACACCUGUCUCACUUCAGCAGCUCACCAACGCACCUGUCUCACUUCAGCAGCUCACCAACGCACCUGUCUCACCUCAGCAGCUCACCAACACACCUGUCUCACCUCAGCAGCUCACCAACGCACCUGUCUCACCUCAGCAGCUCACCAACACACCUAUCUCACCUCAGCAGCUCACUAACACACCUGUCUCACUUCAGCAGCUCACCAACACACCUGUCUCACUUCAGCAGCUCACCAACGCACCUGUCUCACCUCAGCAGCUCACCAACACACCUGUCUCACCUCAGCAGCUCACUAACGCACCUGUCUCACCUCAGCAGCUCACCAACGCACCUAUCUCACCUCAGCAGCUCACCAACACACCUGUCUCACCUCAGCAGCUCACCAACGCACCUGUCUCACCUCAGCAGCUCACCAACACACCUAUCUCACCUCAGCAGCUCACCAACACACCUGUCUCACUUCAGCGGCCCAUCAACACACCUUCUGUUAUCAUCAGUGUGGAGAAAGUAAGAUAA